UUUCCUUGUGAGUUGUGAAUUAGCAUUUUUUUAUAAUUUUCUGAAGGACCCACUUCAAGUUCAUCGUCAUCCUCGUCAAACAUAUGCAAUUCUAUAGUUUUUAUUUCCUGGGUAAUUCAUAGAUUUUAACAUGUGGCUCAGCUCCUGAUAGAAUCUGAGCAAAAGCAAAAUCUAACAAGCCUGUGUUUCUCCAGAUUCUAUUCCUUCAAUUUUUUUCCCCUCUGAAAAUCUUUCAAUGUUCAACUGUCAGCUGUCCUCCACUCUCCUCUCCCAGUGGUGGGAAUUCAUUGCAUGUGGCUAGUGCCUCAAUCUCAAUGUUGCAUUUAAGUAGCUAAGGCUUUGUUUGCUUGUUCUCUAUUUCAGUUUGGUGGUAUCAUAACUAACCAGCAAUCAAUGUUUUGUCGGUUGAGGAGUCCACAGAUAUCUUUAUAUUAAAUACAAUUUUUAAUCUUUGAGUUCACUUUACAACUCCGUUGAUUUCGCCCAAAACCAACUCUCUUUUUCUCUUCAUUGGUGGAUCUUUCAUAGUCAUAUUCAUCUAUAUAAAAAUAUUAAUAAUAAUACUAUCCGUUCCCUUUGUUUAUAUAUAUAUAUAUAUAUAUAUAUAUAUAUAUAUAUGAUUUUAUUGCAUCACACCAUUGUUUCAUUUCUAUACUUUGCUUCUUCCUCUGAUUUAUUACUAAAACUGACUCACCCCAUUUGAAAACUCACUCUUGUUUCAAUGCUUUUCUUCUUAAUUUCUUGUUUUUCUUUCAUACUGCUAUCAAAGUCCUUGUCUUUCAAGCCUUACCCUCCAAUGAUCAGUGUCAGGGGAUUGUUGUCACCUUGGUUUUGGAAGGGAAUAUCUAGCUUUUUAGUAUCAUGGCUCCAAAAGGGUCAGCUUGCUAUUGGUUUUCAUCAAGUUUUAAAAAUCAUGCCAUUGAAAAAGAUGAAUCUUGGUUCUUCAAAACCAGAAAUUGUUCCAGAAGAGAAACUUUCUCUCUUGGAUUUGCCUGAGUUAACUUUGGAAUGCAUUCUUGAGAAGCUGUCACCAUCCGGAUUGUGUAUUAUGGCUGGAGUUUGUAGUUCUCUGAGGGAUAGAUGUACAAGCGACCAUUUGUGGGAGAAACAUAUGAAGCAAAAAUGGGGGAAAUUGAUUGGUGAUUCUGCUUAUAGAGAAUGGCAAUGGCACAUAGUGUCUAACAAGAGAGCAAGCCUCAAGAACCAAACCAAACAAAAGGACUUUUUCACUUCUCUUUAUACCCUUUUGCCCUUUAAUUGGAUUAGAGCAAAGAUUGAGAACAAUAGUGAGCCAAGAAGUUCACCGCCUGUUGAUUCAAUCAUGACUUGGUAUGUCUCUCUUGAGAGUGGCAAAUUUUGGUUCCCUGCACAGGUCUAUAAUCGUGAGAAUGGACAUGCUGGGUUUAUGCUGUCUUGUUAUGAUGCUCAGCUAAGCUAUGAUUCCAGAACAAACACUUUUCGAGCAAGGUACUCAAACCUUCGGAGUAGGACAGUUGAGGAAAAUAUAUCAUGGGAUAGGAUUAGAGCUCCACCAACUGAUACUCCUUCAAAUGUUCUUCACAUCUCAGAUUGUUUAGAUGACUUGAAACCUGGUGAUCAUAUCGAGAUCCAAUGGAGAAGCAACAAAGAAUUCCCUUAUGGUUGGUGGUAUGGUGUUAUUGGUCACUUGGAAUCAUGUGACAGAAAUGAAAAUCACUGCCAUUGCCACUACAGUGAUAUGGUGGCUUUGGAGUUCAACCAGUAUCCUGCAGGCUCGCAAUGGCGACAAACAAUGAUAAACAGGAAAGAGCAUCGUGAAGUAGGGAAUGAAGGUGAUGGGUUUUAUGGAGGAAUCAGAAAGCUUUACAAGGAAGAAGAGAGAGCAAUGUGGAAGAGCCUCUGGCCUGCCCGCACCUUGGACUAGAAUGUGAUGAAAUUGUCAUUUUGAGUGUACAUAAGCACUCUCUUCUUUUUUUCCUUUUGAACUGAGAAUUGGAAGGGACUGAUCACAGAAUAUAAGACAUAGAGUAGGCUAAACUUGAUCAAUUUUGCUCUUCACACAGAGCCUUGAAAGGAUGUAACUUUGUGCCUGCUGUACCAAAAUAUGAAAUCUCCAUUGAUACUCA